AUGGCAUCUACACUUGCGAGAUUAUGUCUCUACGAAAUAUUCAAAUACUUUUACGUAUCAGAAGAAGAAAAAUGCAAUAGCAAAAAACUUAAUUAUAACAGACGACAACUUUUUCAUUUUGCAUUAGUGAACCGUCAUUGGUGUAAUACAGCAAUUCCAUUAUUAUGGGGCCGACCGUUUCCUUUGACCUCAGAAAAAGCUAGCGCAGUAUUUAUUUCGACGUUAUUAAAUUGUUUUGCCAAUAAUGAAGAGUCAAGAACAAUAUUUCAAUAUAAUAUCUUCAUCAAACAGUUAUCUUUGGAAUCUUUGUCAAUAGCAAUUUUUAAUUGGUCAAAAUUCAAGCGCUAUUACGAUCAAAAAGCAUUGCGAAAAAAUGAUCCACUGGAAAGUCUCCUUGAAAAAUUCAAAGCAAUUUGCUUUAAUCGGUCAAAAUCAAAACGUUUUCACAAUCAACAAGAAUCGCGAAAAAAUAGUAGAUCGGAAAGUCUCUUUGAAACAUUUAAAACGAUUUGCCAUAGUUUGAUUGAAUGUACAGCAAAUACUUUCUUUGAAAUAGAAUUUGAGGCUACGAAAGUUACAACAGGCAACAGUUGCAACUUCAAUUAUAAUCUAUUCCAAAUACCGAAUUCCAAAGCAUCGUUAGAACAAUUACGUUCUUUAAAGCUCUCCUUUACUGAUAGUACAGAACUUCUAGAAUCAGCAUCAAAAACUUGCCCUAAUCUUUCCACCCUCGAAAUUAUUCUACCAGUGUGUUCAGAAUUUUCUCAAUUAUUAUCGUACUUUAGCUCUUUCGCAAACUUAAAACAUCUAAGAAUCGACUGUGUCAAAGAUUUAGAUGAUUCGAAAGAGUUCAAAUCACUAUUUAGUGAAGGUGACAAGCUUAUUGACGAACUGGGUAAAAAUUUACCCAAAAGAUUGGAAACUCUUUCAAUCGAAGGAGAGUUAAAAUUUUCUGCGAAUUCUCUUAAAAUAUUUUUGCAUGGGUCAAAAGGAAUACAUUUUAAAUCUUUGGAAUUCCCGCAUUCGUAUAUUUCGGACGAGCAUUUAGAAAUCAUUUUGGAAGCUAUAAAUGAUUCGAAUUUGGAUGUUGGAAUUCAACAAAUUGAAGCUCCAUUGACAAUCAAUCAGGUAAAGAAAUACAAAGAUCACGGAAUCGCAUUAAAAAUAAGUUCUUUUAUUAGCGAACUUAACUUAAUGCAGUUGUUCCUCGAUAUGAAUAUGUACUAUUGUACCUCGUCAUGCAUAGAGGACACCUGA